CGCGGGGCAAAGAGCGACGGGAAAUAUGAAACAGCUGAUCGUUUAUUAGAAAAGUAAAUAGCUCCAUUAGGGUCUGGCAGCAAGCAUGCUCAAGUCUUGCGGUGUCAUUGUUAACGGCAAUCAUACUGAUAUUGCUCUUAAUUUUUACGCCAAUCGUAUAUUUUUAGUCGUCAGUCAGUACAAAAAGCUUGGAUCUCUUGUGACGGUGAGAAAAGAAGCUGCUCUUCGUGAAUUUGAUAACGAAAAUACUUACAGUACAAAAGUGAUUUUUGGAAAAGAUGAUCCUGAAAUUCAUGCAGCGGCUAGAUACAUUACAGAACAAAUAAAUGCUGACAAACCAUUUUUAAUAUCUAUUUGUCUAAAGGACUAUGAAGUUUCAACUUUGAGAACUAUUGUCAAAACUAUUCAAAAGCUGGAUCUCAAGAGCCCAUAAAAUGAGCACCAUAUUUGGUCAGUUAGUAAUAGGCCCACCUGGCAGUGGUAAAACAACAUACUGCACUGAAAUGGGAAAAUUUCUUGAAAGUUUGGGUAGAAAAGUGGCAAUCAUAAAUAUUGAUCCAGCUAAUGAAAAUAUGGGGUAUAAGCCAGCAGUCGAUGUUUCUGAAUUAGUUAAACAUGAAGAAGUUAUGAAAACUUUAAAACUUGGACCUAACGGAGCUUUGGUAUAUUGUAUUGAGUUUUUAGAGAAAAAUAUUGAAUGGUUGAUUAGAAAAGUUCUUAAUUUCAAAAACCACUACGUUUUGAUUGAUUGCCCAGGACAGGUUGAACUAUAUACUCAUCAUGAAUCUAUGAACAAAAUUACUGAGAAAUUGUCUACAAAUUUAGUAAGACUUUGCUGUGUUAAUUUAAUGGAUUCACAUCAUUGUAGUGAUCCAGGAAAGUAUCUUUCUUCGUUGAUGGUUUGUACGAUAACUAUGUUGCAACUAGGAUUACCUCAUGUAAAUGUUAUGACAAAACUCGAUGAUAUGAAACGUUUUAAAGACAAGCUAGAUUUCAAUAUUGAUUUUUAUACAGACGUGUUGAAUUUGGAUUAUCUACUUGAGCGAUUGAAUGAAGAUAAUGUUGUCCCACAAUACGUGAAGUUGAAUGAAGCACUAAUAUCUCUAGUACAAGACUACAGUCUCGUAACCUUUGUACCACUUGACAUUUCAAAUAAAACUUUACUACUCAAUGUUAAAAAUGCUGUGGAUAAAGCUAAUGGUUAUAUUUUUGGUGGCAAUGAACCCCAAGACGUACAAUCUUUAUUAGCAUGUGCAGUUGGAGCUGUUAGUGAAACUGAAAGAACAGCAAGUCUUGAAACUUACAUGUAAUUAAACUACUCAAUAAAUUUUUACAACAUUUAUUAAACAAGUAAAUAUCUU